GCGUCCUCACAGCACAGCUGACUGGUAAGCCGCUGGCUAUUUUUGUACUGAGUGCGUGUAACAACAAACAUUUUCUCUCCUCGCAAAACUCAAACAUUGCGCGACGAAAACAUUAGAGAACACGAGAUUCGGAGCAACCAAAUUCACUCCUGAAAUUCCAUAAGCACAGUUUUCACACAUUCUCCCAGUCGCUUAAACUUUGGAUAGCGGUUGAACGCUUCCAACGUCGGCAUCAGCCCCGGUGACUAGUUCGUUCUCGCGACUGAUCCUAUGCGUUCACGUAGCAGAAACCACAGUCGGCGGCAAUCUCCUAAUUAACGCGACGGCGACAUCACAGAUCUGCCGGGUGGAAUUAUGUAAUAGCAACAGGUCCAGGCUUCUCGAGGCGACCGACAGAAGUGUGCAUUUAGUGUAUUGCCGAAGGCGAAGCAGUGUGUGCCCCAUUGGGGUAAGCGCGAUCGGGACGAAAUAUUCGAGAUCCUGAGGAAUUAUUCGGAGUGGCGGAGUGUGGUCCUAUUGGACUGAUCGGAACCAUAGGAACGUAGUCCAGGAGGCUUCAAGAUGGGACUUCUCGUCUUCUUCGUUGCCGUGGCCCAUCUCUUCUACACCCCCUUCACCAAAGUCGAGGAAAGCUUCAAUCUGCAGGCGACCCAUGAUCUUCUCUAUCAUCGAUCGAAUUUCUCGCAGUAUGAUCAUCAUGAAUUUCCUGGUGUCGUACCAAGAUCAUUUCUCGGCCCACUCGUUAUAACAACACUUUCGGCCCCAUUUAUUGUGUCGUUCGAACAGUUCGAAAUACAUAAAUUUUGGGCUCAAUAUGUAGUUCGCUUGGCACUGGCCGCGAUUUUGUCAUUCUCAUGGGAACAUCUCAAAGACGUGAUUGAAAAGCGUUUUGGGAUAAUGGUUUCACUGUGGUACACAGUGGUGACGGUGUCUCAAUUUCACUUCAUGUUCUACAUGAGCCGGCCUCUCCCAAAUGUCUUCGCCUUACCACUGGUGCUGUGGGCAGUUUCAUUUUGGAUGAGGCAACGAGUGAAACCAUUUAUUUGGUUUGCAGGCGCAGCAAUAAUUAUAUUUCGAAUAGAAGUGGCAAUCUUGCUUGGGCUUCUGCUUAUGUAUGAUUUAUUCAUGAAGAGAUAUUCUCUAGAAACAGUCCUGAAAAUAGCCAUUCCAGCCGGCAUUGUUCUUCUAUCGCUCACUGUACUAUUAGAUUCGUUUUUAUGGCAACGACCAUUGUGGCCAGAAGGGGAAGUACUUUGGUACAACACGGUUCUGAAUAAAAGUUCCGAUUGGGGGACAUCGCCGUUCCUCUGGUACUUUUAUUCUGCCAUUCCAAGAGCCAUGGGCUUUUCACUCAUCUUUAUACCGAUUGGACUCUAUUUGGAACCUCGCUCACGGGCACUUGGAGUAGCUGCUCUAACUUUUGUACUUUUAUACUCUUUUUUACCUCACAAAGAACUGCGGUUCAUUGUCUAUGUGUUUCCGUUACUGAAUUUAUCAGUAGCGUGCGCGUGCCAUCGGAUGUGGAUAAAUCGGACGAAAUCUUUAUUCCACGGCCUACUAGUUAUUAUCGCCGGAGGACACAUUGUCUUGAAUAUUUUCCUGUCGCUAUUCCUGCUAAUGGUAUCCAGUACAAAUUACCCGGGUGGAGUUGCGAUAUCUAGAUUACAUCGUCUUGCUGCUGCGGAAACAAAUGUUUCAGUGCACAUUUGUAAUUUAGCGGCUCAAACCGGUGUUUCCAGAUUCACGGAAAUUAGACCAGAUUGGAAGUAUAGCAAAAAAGAAAAUUUGAAUUAUGCGGACGAGGAAACAAAACAAUUCACUCACUUGCUGGUGGAAGCGAAAAGCAAAACAAACACUGACUGGCCAAUAUUGACACAAAAUUUCGAGGCAUUGGAAUUCAUUGAAUGUUUCAGUAAUAUUGGAUUGCAAUACGAUACUGGCUUUCCAGUUAAAAUCAAAACAAAACCAUGUAUCGGCAUCAUGAAGAGAAAACCUGGUGUUUUGAAAUCGAAAGUGGCUCCUAAGCCACCUAAAAAAGGACAACCACCAGAAGUUAAAAAAGAAAAAGCACCCAGCAACACUGAGAGCAAGUCUCCAGAAGGUGGCGCGAAGAAACGAAGAACUGCCGAGAAAGUGAUUUUACAAAAACCAGAAGAUCCGAUCAUAACCAAGGAAGAAGAAAAAUCAGACAUUAUUGAGGAAGACAACUCUGAGAACUUGAGUAGCAAUGAAGCGUUCGUUGAAACCGAAGAGGAUUUCGAUUAUGAUGACAGAUACAAAUAUGUUCAAUUGCAAUUUGACGUAGAUAAAGACGACGAUAUCGACGACGGGUUCGAAGAAAAACUGAAAUUGCACUUCGGUAAAAGCAUCGAAGAAACGCCACCAUAUAACCCAGAACCACCACCGCCGUCAAGACCACCAACGCCUACGACUCCUGUGCCUCUCGAAUCGCAAGAAGAGAAUGAGGAUGACGAAAUAGAAGAGUUCGAUGAAAAUGAAACUCAAUCAGAAGAAAAACUCCGAUCUCCUUCAAAACUACAGAGAGAGAUUAAAUUCACAGAAUUAAGAAACUUAGCCUUGGGAAAGUUGUCUAAGAAGUCAAUGGGGAAGACCAAGUCCAAAUUGCGCCAUUUGAUUGAGCAGCACUAUUUGUCGAAAGGUUCUGUUAUUGAGGGUUCCAGCCCGAAAUCAGUUGAAGUGGAAAGCGAUAAAGUUAGUACCAAAGCUACGGUGAAACAGAUAAUUAAACAAGAAAAAAUCAAGGAGAUGGUUGAGCGGAUAUCGAAAAUGGAUCUAACAACUGUUUGUAAUUUAGAUAAUAUGACAACCAAAGAAUGUUUGAAAAAAGUUAUUGAUGAUAUUGAUGAGGGUGAGUAUAUAAAUAAAAUAUGAAAAAGGAA